GAGUACCUGCUCUUCCGCGGCUUCACACACACGCUGCGGCAGCUGGACGCCGAGAUCAAGGCGGACAAGGAGAAAGGGUUCCGGAGGUGUCUUCUUUGGCUGACAGUCUGAGCAGCUGCCAGGGCUUUGGUGGAGCUUCCCUGACUUGAAGGAGUCAGUCCGUGUAUCUCCGUGGACAAGAUUGUGGACCAGCUGCAGCAGUUAAUGCAGGUGUAUGACUUGGCUGCCCUUCGGGAUUAUUGGAGCUACCUGGAACGGCGGCUCUUCAGCCGCUUGGAAGAUAUAUAUAGACCCACCAUCAACAAGCUGAAAACCAGCCUGUUCCGCUUUUAUCUCGUCUACACCAUCCAGACAAACCGAAAUGACAAAGCUCAAGAGUUCUUUGCAAAGCAGGCCACAGAGCUCCAGAACCAGGCUGAGUGGAAGGAUUGGUUUGUCCUGCCCUUCCUGCCAUCCCCAGACACCAACCCCACCUUUGCUACCUACUUCUCUCGACAGUGGGCCGAUACCUUCAUUGUGUCCCUGCACAACUUCCUGAGUGUCCUGUUUCAGUGCAUGCCAGUUCCCGUGAUCCUGAACUUUGAUGCGGAAUGCCAGAGGACCAACCAGGUUCAAGAAGAAAAUGAAGUUCUUCGCCAGAAGCUUUUCGCCUUGCAAGCUGAAAUCCACCGCCUGAAGAAAGAGGAGCUGCAGCCUGAGGAGGGGGAGGCCUUGGUCCAGCACAGAUUGCCUCCUUAUGUCUCCAACAUGGACCGCCUGGGGGACUCGGAACUAGCCAUGGUGUGCAGCCAAAGGAACACUUCCCUGUCCCAGUCGCCUCGAGUGGGUUUCCUGUCCUCUCUGCUGCCUCAGAGUAAGAAGAGCCCCUCAAGGUUGUCGCCUGCCCAGGGUCCCUCUCAGGCUCAGAGCUCGACCAAGAAGGAGCCAUUCGGCGGCCAGGCCGCUAAGGGAAAGGACAAUGCGUGCGGGCCCCGAGACGGGAAGAGCCUCUUGAGCGGGCUGGCGUCCGGGGAGUCCAGCUGGUCGCAGCACCGACAGCGGCGCCUGCAGGACCACGGCAAAGAGAGGAAGGAGCUCUUCUCUAUGACUUUGCAGAGCGCAGAGAAGAAGGCCGAGGUUAGUGGCCCAGAGGCCGAGCCCUGCCCAGAGCUCCGUGUGGAGGCGCUGGAGACGCUGACGCGGGCUUCUGCAGCCGGUGCCGAGGGCGGAGGGGCCCGCCCCGAGCAGCCGUUCAUUGUGCUGGGGCAGGAGGAGUACGGGGAGCACCACUCCUCCAUCAUGCACUGCAGAGUGGACUGCUCGGGGAGGAGGGUCGCCAGCUUAGACGUAGAUGGGGUCAUCAAAGUGUGGUCCUUCAACCCCAUCAUGCAGACCAAAGCGUCCUCCAUUUCCAAGUCGCCGCUGCUGUCCCUGGAGUGGGCCACCAAGCGGGACAGGCUGCUCUUGCUGGGCAGUGGUGUGGGGACGGUGCGUCUUUAUGACACGGAAGCCAAGAAGAAUCUGUGUGAGAUCAGCAUCAACGAUGAUAUGCCCAGAAUCCUGUCGCUUGCCUGCAGCCCCAACGGGGCCUCCUUCGUCUGUUCGGCCGCCGCUCCGAGCCUCGCUUCCCAGGUGGACUUCUCAGCUCCGGAUAUCGUCAGCAAGGCUACUAACCAGGUUCCCGGCAGGCUACUGCUGUGGGACACGAAAACCAUGAAGCAGCAGCUCCAGUUCUCUCUGGACCCCGAGCCCAUUGCCAUCAACUGCACAGCCUUCAAUCACAAUGGGAACCUCCUGGUCACAGGGGCGGCUGACGGCGUCAUCCGGCUGUUUGAUAUGCAGCAGCACGAGUGCGCCAUGAGCUGGAAGGCCCACUGCGGGGAGGUCUACUCGGUGGAGUUCAGUUACGACGAGAACACCGUGUACAGUAUCGGCCAGGACGGGAAGUUCAUCCAGUGGAACAUCCACAGGAGUGGCCUGAAGGUGUCUGAGUACGGCCUUCCCUCCGACGCCACGGGCCCCUUUGUGCUGUCGGGUUACAGCGGCUACAAGCAGGUUCAAGUCCCCCGGGGCCGACUCUUCGCUUUUGACUCAGAGGGAAAUUACAUGCUGACGUGUUCUGCCACCGGGGGCGUCAUCUACAAGCUGGGCAGGGAUGAGAAGGUUCUGGAGAGCUGCUUGAGCCUGGGCGGCCACCGAGCCCCUGUGGUCACUGUGGACUGGAGCACAGCCAUGGACUGCGGGACGUGCCUCACUGCCUCCAUGGAUGGCAAGAUCAAGCUGACCACCCUGCUGGCUCAUAAACUGUGACGGGACCCGCCCCAAGGGACACCCACGGAAGCAGUAUUAUCCUGGGGGGAGGAGAGAAACAGGAGAGGGAAGACAGGGCACUCUGCUUCCCGCUCCUGGCCAGUGUGGGGACUCCUCAGGGAAAAACUGUCCAGGGAACCCCGGCUCUGUCCAGCUGCAGAGACUGGACGGGAGCCUCACUGAGUCGUGGCACGAGUGCCCCAGAGACCAGCGCGCUGGGCUGUGCAAGAGGCAUGCCCCAGGUGGCGGGGAGGAAAGUUCAGGAAGCAGGAGAUGCAGUGUGGUGGCUGCUCUGUUGGCCCAGGAGGGAUUGACAGUAUUUUGUAUAUAUUUGCUCAUUUUUCAUCUUUUUUUUUUUUAAAAAAGAAUUCUCAUGGUCACCUGGUAGCUCUUUCUGGAACGCGUGCAUGCAGCAGAGCGUUGGAGAAGGUUCGCCCUUUGCCCUUGGAGAGGCAGAUGUUCCUACAGGGAGCUGGUCAGCUGCGAGCGGAGGCCCUGCGUGCCCGCUGUUGCCAGCUGUAGGACUGAGCCGUGUGGGAGGUUUGCUUGUCGCUUUGCCUUGGAGCUAGGCCGUCCUAUCUCCCACUGCACUGGCUCGCUAAGGUUUGUGCUCUUCCUAUUGCUUUGGGCUGCAGUCAGGGAGGUCAUAGUGUUCUUUUUCUUCCCUGCGUUGGUGGAGCUUCUUGGGAUGAGGUUAGGGCCCGAGGUCUCUGAUUCCAGCUGCCCAAUCCACCUGGGUGUCCCUGUCCCUCUGCCACUGGGGCUCCGCUUAUUCUGUCACCUUCACAUCCUUGAGGUGGACUGGAGCCAGCUGCCAGCGCCCUCUGCUGGUGGAUGGUGAGAGGACCGGAGCCAGUGGGCCAAGCUUGCUUUUUGCAUCUGAGGCGGGCGAGGCGUGGGUCUCCGGCUCUGACACUUGACAGGGGUGGCCUUGUUGCCGCGGUGCUCGGAACAGUCGUCGUAGGGCCUCUUUGGGCUGCAGCCCAGGUCUGGUGGUGCAGGUCCGGAGCAGGGGGUACUCCCAGUUACCUACUUCUGGAGAAUCAUGAAGUUGGUACUAAGGCCUUGGCUCCCAUUCUGCUGGGAUUUGGAGGAAGAGUCGGGAUUUAUGUGGCUCAAUUAUGAGAGAACACCAGAGACUGAUAAGUAGUUACUUACACAUUUUUACCGAUUUCUACCUUGGUAAACGCUCUUUUCAAAUGAAGAGAGACAAGACUUCUCCAUUUACGAUUUUCCCCAUCUUCUGCAUUGAAACAGCAAAUUAUUUCCCCCGGUGAUUCUGUAGGACAUUUAAGAAGCCGUCAUGUGUUUCAUUUGAGUGAGAGAAUUCACUGUUUCACUUCACCAUUUUGUUUCAGUUUCUCUUAUUACCCAUUCUCUCUGCUCAAUAUGGUCUCCACAGCUACUGGAAUGGCUUUAAGGACUGCAAAGAAACAAAGUACGCUUGAAAAGCUAUGUCUUCUCUCUUUUCCUGUAUGCUCUGGGCUGAACACCCACCUCCCUUUUGUUUUGACUUUGGCUUGAGAUUGUGUGGGGUUCCACAGCACACUGCCUAAAAACACAAAACAAAACCACGAUACUGCCUAAAAACAAACAAAACCCAAAUCCCAUUCACCUCUGACCUUUUGAAAUUAGCAAAUACAGGUGGCCAAACCUGCCCCCUCCUGGCCCGUCUCUCCCCAGCCCUCACUCCAUCCUGACUGCUGGUCAGGCUGUGUUCACCCUGGUGUUCCUCCCUGUGCCACACAUACCCCUCCGGGAUGAGCUCUCAUCCGGUCAGUCACGUCCAAACUUGAGUUUCCUUCUCCUUCACAAGAGCUGUUCAACCCCUGCCCAGAACCCCAGCAAGCCUCCUCCCAUUCUUUUGGGCAAGGGCAGCUUAUUGGGAAGCCGUCAAGCCAGUGCAGCUCAGACCCCCCGAGUCUGCGUACCUGGCGUGGGUGUGGCCCACCGGCUCUGGCCCGGGCUGCUUGAGAGCCCCUCGGGGCCUCCCCCUCUCUGUUCACUGACCUGUCUGCUCUAUGCUUAUUGCCUCUGCUGGGCCUGCCUGGGAGCAUGGCUUUCAAAGCACUUUAGCUGUUGACUCCAGCCUGUCCAGAUCCCACAGCUUGAGUUUUCUGUCCCCGUUUGGGCUACUCUCUCUCCAAACAGAAAGUUGCUCACGCAGAUGCAAAGGUUUCCUGUUCCUCAGACCUCAUUUUUCAGCUGGCGAUGGGAAGAGGUUGAAGGGAGUCAAAUAAUGGAAGGAGAGAUUCUGCUAAGAACAAGUAUUUUCUGUUCCUUUAUUCACAAAACAAAAUGAUGCUUCACAGCUUGAGAGCAGAGGACCCUGGAAGUCAGCGGUUCUAACUUUUCGUGGAACCAGAGAAGCAGGGCCUGCUCCCCCCUCCCCCCAGGUGUUGCCCUCCGGAAAAGACUGGAGGCAGAGUCCAGGUUCAGCCUGCAGCUAGAUGACCCCAGUGUAUGACGGGUUGGUUUUAUGACUUGAAACCAUGGCUUUAUCUCCUUAAGCCUUGAUUGGGUUAAACGUUUCCGGCCCAGCAUGUGCAAGUGCUUUAGAGAAACCCAAAGCACCACACAGCUGGAAGAGAGCUUCAGGGUCCGGAGUCCCCAAGCUUGGGAUGGAGCUCCCCUGUUGUGCACCUCUAAUGUAUGGAGACUCAUUACCCCAUUAGCGGAUUUGUUAUAAAUCACAGUUAAAAGGG